GGCAGUUACCAUCUCUCAAAACUCUUUGGAUUGGAAAGUGCCAUACAAUAGAGACAGUGAGUCUUGAGUUUUAUGGGACUACUUCUACACCAUUUGCAUCAUUGGAAACCUUGGAAUUUACACAAAUGUCGAACUGGAAGGAAUGGUCAAUGCCUGAACCAAAUGUUGUAGCCUUCCCAAAGCUAAAAUCAUUAGUUAUAAGUAUGUGUCAAGGCCUCACGGGCAAUUUGCCUUAUCAUUUACCCUUUUUGACAGAGCUUAAUAUUUAUGAUUGCCCAGAGCUUGGUUCUUCGCUCCCAAUGAUGCCCAAUGUCACUAAAAUAAGAAUCUCGUGCUGUAAGAAGCUUCCAGGAUUCAAAUCAAGCAAUAGUGAUCACAGGUAUGUUCUUGCCAACUUGAGAGACCUAAAUGUGGGCCAUUGCGGUAAUUUAGAAUUCUUACCACCCUAUAGGUAUGAAUUUCUCCAAUAUCUUUCAAUUGAAAAUUCUUCCAACUCAUUCGAAUUGCUUAAUAUAGAUUCCUUUCCCAACAUCAAAUAUGUCCAAAUUUUAAAUUGUGAAAAUGUAGAAUCUUUCUCCCAAUUCAAUAGCCCCAUAAACUCUUUAUCUUUUCUCUCUUUCUAUAAUUGUCCUAACUUCACAUUAUUACCUGAUAACAACUUCCUUUGCCCAAUUCUGACUCAACUCAAGCUCUUAAAUUGCUGCAAAUUAAGGUUUCUCCCUGAGAAACUGCCUAUUCUCCUACCUUCUCUACAACAACUAGUUAUUGAUGAUUGUCCAGAGUUAGAAUCACUUCCUAAAUUUGGGUUGCCUCUCAGUUUGUGUGAGCUUCGCAUUGAACGUUGUGACAAGGUAAUUGCAUCUCGAAAGAAUUGGAAUUUGGAAACACUUCCCAAUCUGAUAAGCUUAGAAUUUGGAGGCUAUAGAGGUGAAGAUAUGGUUUCCUUUCUAGAGCAAGGGUUCCUGCCAACUAGUCUUAUCUCCCUUAAAAUUAAUGACAUUGCUUGUCUUAAAACCUUAAAUGACAAUGGGGGGUUUCAAGAGCUCACAUCCUUGAAAGAACUACACGUGUCUAACUGCCCCAACUUGCAGACACUUCCAGUGAAAGGACUGCCACCCUCUUUCGAAGGUUCACUGCCACCCUCUUUUGAAAGUUUCAAAAUUUAUAAUUGCCCUUUGCUGGAAGAAAACUAUGAGUGGGAGGAAGAAAACUCUUACUCCUCCUCUAAGAAGAUUUCUUGCAUCACUCAGCCUCAAGUAACCAUAAGGAGUCAGCAUCAAGAGCUCAUCACUCCACACAAGCAAUCCUUUAGCUGGUUUGGGCCCAAAGCACUAUUGUUUCACAGCACCCUAAUUCUCUUAUGCAUAUAUUUGUAUGUGUAUUUCAAUCAGUCACAGCAGCAUGAGUGAAGUGAGCCUUCAGUCCAUUUUACAUGUGGACACUCCAAUUUCGGGGAGAUUUCUGAAUCGGUAGAUUAUGUGGAUUGUCCAAUGCCACAAACAAGAGUUGUUUUAAAGAAAGUUUUACUUGUUGUCGUCAACAAGAUUGAUAGAUCUUCAGCAGGUGCAGGUAACCAACUACCAAGUUACCAACUAACAACUUUAACAGAAAUUAACUACUUACAAUUUUAUCACAAAGUGAAUUUGUUGUGCUAAAUAUAGUACAAUUUUCGUCGCAUAUCGCAGCGUGAUUUUCAAGCAUUAUGUGUUUAAAGAAAAGCUCCCUGGAUAAGGUAUUGAAGAUGGUGUCCUCCACUUAUUAUACCUGAGAUUUUUGAGUAAAGAAGAUUCAAUACAAUGUUUUGUGAUGGAAUAGAUCAAGGUUGAUACAGCAUCUUGUUUCACUUCAUUGGUGUCAUUUUUUCCAGUUAUUGGACGUUAGAUAGUAAUUGCAUAACCUUUUGAGAUGCAAUGUGUAUCCUACAAUUAUGGUUGGAGCAAUACAUUGAUCUGAAAAACUUGCUUAAACCA